GGGAGCGAAGUCGCCCUCAUUACCUCACGCAGCGCCCGGCGGCCCCCGUUGGCCGCCUUCCCCCGCUUCUCCCCGCCCCGCGGGUAUAAACCAGAGAAGCCUGACGAAACCGAAGACAUUGAAAAAUUGCAGUCCUUUAUUUGGAAUACACGUUAUGAACCCUUUCUGGAGCAUGUCUACAAGUUCUGUGCGCAAGAGACCUGAAGCUGAAGAGAAAACUUUGACUGGAGAGCUGAGAACCAGUCCUCCACGAACCUCUACAAAGAAACAGUUACCUUCUAUUCCAAAGAACGCUGUGCCAAUAACCAAGCCUGCCUCCCCUGCCGCAUCGUCCCAGUCGACAAAUGGAACACAUGCUUCUUAUGGGCCUUUUUAUUUGGAGUAUUCCCUCCUAGCAGAAUUUACCUUGGUUGUUAAGCAGAAAUUGCCAGGUGUCUACGUGCAGCCAUCUUACAGAUCAGCAUUAAUGUGGUUUGGAGUAAUAUUCAUAAGACAUGGGCUCUACCAGGAUGGUGUGUUUAAAUUUACUGUCUAUAUUCCUGAUAACUACCCAGAUGGAGACUGCCCGCGCUUGGUUUUUGAUCUGCCUGUCUUCCAUCCGCUAGUAGAUCCCAUGUCUGGUGAACUGGAUGUGAAAAGAGCGUUUGCAAAAUGGAGGCGAAAUCAUAAUCACAUAUGGCAAGUACUAAUGUAUGCUCGCAGAGUCUUCUACAAGAUUGACACAACUAGUCCUCUGAACCCUGAGGCUGCAGUGCUGUAUGAAAAAGAUAUUCAGCUGUUCAAAAGUAAAGUGGUGGACAGCGUCAAACUAUGCAGCAGUCACUUAUUUGAUCAGCCCAAAAUAGAGGAUCCCUAUGCAAUCGUUUUUUCUCCUUGGAAUCCAGCUGUACACGAUGAAGCCAGAGAGAAGAUGUUGACUCUGAAGAAGAAGCCAGAAGAUCAGCACUGCAAAAGCAUGCAUGUUUCUGGCCUCUCAUGGGUCAAGCCUGGCUCAGUUCAGCCUUUCAGCAAAGAAGAGAAGACAAUGCCUACCUAGCUCUUUUGGACUGUGGUGCACGCAACACUUUCUGUGGGUGGAGGGAAUGUAAUGGAGGGAGAAACAGCAAAGCAGCAGUUUCUUUCUUGACUAUGGAUUAGCAAAAACUGAACGGUAGCAGUGACUCCAGUAAACCUGCUUGAUGGAUUACUGACUCAAUGUUUUACAUAUGCAUUAGGUUUUAAAGGCUUGCCUGGAGUUUGGAAGCAUCUCUGAACGCUGCAGUACUUCUACCUGAAGACUGUCUAGGGUGGGUAAUUCCUCAGGGCUCCGAAAUGCCUGGAGGUUUUGGGUUGGUUUUUAAGCUUUUAUUUUUUCCCUCCAGGAAUAGCAGUUUUUUUUUCUAAAUCUUAAAUUGCUGGCAGAAAUAUUAGCAGGAAAUAUGAUGCCAGAGGUAAGCUGUGUUCAUGUAAACUAAUAUAGCAGAGUUAAACACUAUAUUUAAUGGUUUUAAAUACUUCGGUUUCUAUUGUAAAUAUGUUAGGAUUUGAAAUUGUAAAUAGAUGGUUCAAUGACUCCAUUUAGCACUUUCCAGAGGUAAAGCUGAGGAUGAUACUCAGUGUAUGAUGUAUUAUUGAUUUGUAAAUGGAUGUUGUCACUAAAGCACACAUUAGUCUGACGGGGUGAAAGCAGAAUGUCAGGCUUAGUAGACUUUUAUUACGUAAACACUAAAAUCCAAGCUUUUAACGGUGGUCUCUUGAGCUAAUAAAACCUUAGAUGAUUUUAGAUUCCCUAGGUGGCUACACUGUAGGGAUUACUAGGAUAGCUCGACUAAUGUGUGUUAAUAGUGACACCUUAAGAAAAUAAAAAGAAAUUAUGAUC